AUGUAUCUAUCUAUCUGUUCAUAUAAAUCUUUCUGUCUGUUGAUAUCUAUCUAUCUAUCUAUCUAUCUAUCUAUCUAUCUAUCUAUCUAUCUAUUACCCUGUUCAUAUGCAUGCAUCUAUCUAUCUAUCUAUCUAUCUAUCUAUCUAUCUAUCUAUCCCAAUCUGUCCAUAUCUAUCAUAACAUGUUCAUAUCUCAUAUGUAUGUAUGCAUCUAUCUAUCUAUCUAUUAUAAUCUGUCCGUAUCUAUCUAUCUAUCUAUCUAUCUAUCUAUCUAUCUAUCUAUCUUACUCUGUUCAUAUCUAUCUAUCUAUCUAUCUAUCUAUCUAUCUAUCUAUCUAUCUAUCUAUCUAUCUUACUCUGUUCAUAUCUAUCUAUCUAUCUAUCUAUCCUACACUCUGUUCAUAUAUAUGCAUAACAAUUAUAACCUGUUCGUAUCUAUCUAUCUAUCUAUCUAUCUAUCUAUCUAUGUUUCGCCAUUUUAUCUUUCUUCUCUUUUUGUUACUUUCUUUCUUUCUUUCUUGCUUGCUUUCGUUCCUUCUUUCUUUCUUUCUUUCUUUCUUUCCUUCGUUUUUUUCCUUAUAUCUUUCUUUCUUUCUUUCGUUCCUUCUUUCUUUCUUUCUUUCUUUCUUUCUUUCUUUCUUUCUUGCUUUCGUUCCUUCUUUCUUUCUUUCUUUCCUUAUAUCUUUCUUUCUUGCUUUCGUUCCUUCUAUCUUUCUUUCUUUCUUUCUUUCGUUUUUUUUCCUUAUAUCUUUCUUUCUUUCUUUCUUUCUUUCUUUCUUUCUUUCUUUCUUUCUUUCUUUCUUUCUUGCUUUCGUUCCUUCUUUCUUUCUUUCUUUCCUUAUAUCUUUCUUUCUUGCUUUCGUUCCUUCUAUCUUUCUUUCGUUCUUUUUUCCUCAUAUCUUUCUUUCGUCCCUUCUUUCCUUCCCUAUAUCUUUCUUUCUUUCUUUCUUUCGUUUUUUUCCUUAUAUCUUUCUUUCGUUCCUUCUUUCUUUCUUUCUUUCUUUCUUUCUUUCUUUCUUUAGUUCCUUCCUUCUUUCUUUCUUUUGUACUUCCUCCAUUUUUCAUUUUUCUCUCCUUUUCUGUUUUAUUUUCUUAUCUCUCUUUCUAUCUCCAUCUCUCUAUAUCUUUAACAACAUCCUCAUAACCCCGCCCCUUUCUUUGCAAAACACAAAAAAUAUAUAUUCCGGUUUGGAUAUCUUAUCUAUCUAUCUAUCUAUCUAUCUAUCUAUCUAUCUAUCUAUCUAUCAUCUGAUUCUUUGCCUUUCUGUCCUUGUCUGCCAGUCUCUUUCUGUGUCAGUAUGUUAA